AUGAAAACUAUCAUUGAUGCUGCUGCUACUGCUAAUGUUAGUGGGGAUUUGAACCCCGGGGCAACUGGAUUGCCAACCCCUACUGCUGUGAUCUCUGUGGUCAACCCUGGUGUUACUCCUGCUAUCAAUCAUAGGAAUGUGGUUAAACUCUUAGGUUGUUGUUUGGAAACUCAAGUCCCUUUACUCGUCUAUGAAUUCAUCACCAAUGGCACUCUCUUUGAGCAUAUACAUAACCACAUCAAGGCAUCUAAUAUGUCAUGGGAAAAUCGGUUGCGAAUAGCUGCUGAAACGGCUGGAGUAUUGUCAUAUUUGCACUCUGCAGCAUCGGUUCCUAUUAUUCAUAGAGAUGUUAAGUCUACGAAUAUACUCUUAGACGAUAACUACAUUGCCAAAGUGUCGGACUUUGGAGCAUCAAGGUUGGUUCCACUAGACCAAGAUCAAUUAGCAACGGUGGUGCAAGGAACUCUUGGAUACUUAGACCCUGAAUACAUGCUCACAAACCAAUUAACAGAAAAAAGUGAUGUUUACAGCUUCGGAGUAGUGCUUGUGGAGCUAAUCACCGGAAAGAAGCCUAAUUGCGUGUAA